AGUUCCUAUCUCAACCACAAAGUGGCGGGCAAAGCCCAGUUGGUCGGACGCCAAUAAAUACAUUGAAAGGGGUUAAUUGUGACGUUUACCUACCAAAGUCCACACAAGUUGUAACAACGCGUCGGGAAGAUGAGCGUUCGCAGCAUGGAGCAUAAAGACAAGAAGGUCCUUUGCAUCGGUCUUGUGUGCCUCGACAUCAUCAGCGUGGUGGAUAAAUAUCCAGAAGAAGACACUGACAGCAGGUGUGUGUCACAGCGAUGGCAGCGAGGCGGCAAUGCUUCCAAUUCCUGUACGGUGCUUUCACUGCUGGGCUCCUCCUGCGCCUUCAUGGGCUCUCUGUGUGCUGGACCUGUGGCCAGUUUUAUUUUGGAGGACUUUCAGAAGUUGAACAUCGACAUGUCUCUGGUGUCUGAGCACGCUCAGUGUGUCACGCCAACAUCUUUGGUCAUCAGCAGCAGCAGCACAGGAAGUCGCACAAUCCUGCACAUCAACAGUUUCAUCGUGGACGACUUCUCGCAGCAUGCCAUUGAUAUUUCAGCUGUGGCCUGGCAGGUCAAAGGCCAAACGCCCAGUGCGUGUUGUGUAGUGUGUCCGGCCAGCGGCUCUCGCACUGUCGUUCUGUCCGACAUGAACGUCCCUGAUGUGACGGCAGAAGACUUCUCCAAAGUGGACCUGCGUCACUUCAAGUGGAUCCACUGGGAGGGGCGCAAUGUCGACGAGCAACUGAAGAUGAUCCAGCAGGUGGCACGCCACAAUGCCGCGUUGCCGUUGCAACAGCGAAUCACCAUCUCUGUGGAAAUUGAAAAGCCUAGAGAGCCGCUGUACCAGCUGUUUGCGUACGGCGACGUGGUGUUCGUCAGCAAAGACGUGGCUUGCCACCUCGGCUUCCAGACGCCGCAAAGUGCUCUGGAAGGACUCCGCUGCCGUGUCAAAGCUGGGGCGGUCCUCAUCUGUGCGUGGGCCGAAAAAGGGGCGGACGCGCUGGCUCCUGAUGGCUUGCUCAUCCAUUCGGACGCUUUCCCUCCGGAACGUCUCGUGGACACGCUUGGAGCGGGGGACACGUUCAACGCUGCCGUAAUCCACAAACUAUCCAACGGUGCCCGUUUAGAGGAGGCGCUGACCUUUGGCUGCAGAGUGGCAGGUGGGAAGUGCGGUUUCCAUGGUUACGGCGGCAUUGCAGACAUGGUGACCGGCUAAGAGUGACUCUUGUUUAAAGACUGGUAUCACGAUUUAUUGUCAUAUCACUUUAUAAGGACACUAUGGAUAAAUAAAGUAUGCUGGCAAACAAGUCACAGUACGUCAU